UGUUUCUGUUCCCUACACUCUCUCUUUCCGGCAUCUAUACGAUCCGUGCGUGAACACACUUUUUGGAGUGUUCAAUAAUUUUGAUUUCGUCGCGUUUCUGAACCUUCCAAAAUGCCGCCGAAGUUUGAUCCGAACGAGAUUAAGCACGUCUACCUCCGAUGCGUUGGUGGAGAAGUAGGUGCUACUUCGUCCCUCGCCCCCAAGAUUGGUCCGCUGGGUCUGUCUCCGAAGAAGAUUGGUGACGAUAUUGCCAAGGCAACCGGCGACUGGAAGGGUCUGAAGAUCACCGUUUGUCUGACGAUUCAGAAUCGACAGGCUGCAAUUUCGGUUGUACCAUCGGCUGCAUCUCUCAUUGUAAAAGCCCUGAAGGAACCGCCACGAGACCGCAAGAAGGUGAAGAACAUUAAACACAAUGGUAACAUCACCUUCGACGAAGUGAUCAGCAUCGCUCGCGUCAUGAGACCCCGAUCGAUGGCCCGGGAGCUGUCCGGAACGUGCAAGGAAGUGCUAGGAACGGCACAGAGCGUUGGCUGCACCAUCGAUGGACGUUCUCCGCACGACGUGAUCGAUGACAUCACGAGCGGUGCUAUUGAGGUCCCUUCGGAGUAAGCCUGCCCUGUGCGUCGUCGUUAAAUACGCGCAUCGUGUCUACAGUCGCGACACACGAUGGUUCAUCUUUCGGCGAACGUGUUAAAUAAAACAUUAAUAUGUAACAACAAACAAACAGAGUGG